UAAGUACGCUCACUCACUCGUGGUGCUCCGUCAUGCUAGAUUGCUAGAUCGCGAACGGAUGCGGCGUGAGUAAGAAAUACUCAACAACGAUCGUCUCUUUCGAGAUGCUGUUCAGUUCAAACUCAGAAGUGUCAAAGUACAGUUUUUGAAGUAAGGUGUUUUGCUGAUUCGCAAAUUAAGUUGUUCGACAAUUAUUUGUUCAGUGAUAUCUUUGCCCGACAACGAACAACCGAUGUUUCAUAUAUAAAGAUUGUUAAAGAAUCUCUCUCAGUGAUAAGCAACCGUGAGCCGAUUUCCAACGCAACAAGUAGAUUAAAAUACAACACUUAAAGAGCAAUCGUCUCUCAGUCACUCGGUUGAUGCAUUCAAGUGUGGUUACUAUCUUAGAAUAGUCAGUAAAACGAUCCAAAAAAGUAACAAGUCAUUCUACUUAUCUGCGGGAAAACAAUUCGAUUGGAUUGGUACAAUGUUCAAGACAAUCUAGGACAACAAUACAAUUCAAUCAGUGUCUGAAGCGACUUAAAAGUGUCAAAUCUAACAGUGUCACAAUGUCGGAACUAACGACAUUCAUCUAUGGAAUACUGGUCUUCCUGAUAUUUGCCCCAUUUCUACAAUGGUGGGUCAAGCGGGCUCGACUGGUACAGAUCAUCGAUAAAAUACCUGGACCUAAGGCGUACCCGUUCAUCGGAACAACGUACACGUUUUUCGGAAAGAAACAUUACGAGCUCUUCUACAUCAUAGACGAAAGGACCCGUCGGUAUCCGGAUAUCCACCGCAUCUGGACAGGAAUGCGACCGGAGAUUCGAAUUAGCAAGCCGGAAUAUGUGGAAACGAUAAUUGGCGCGAGCAAACACAUGGAAAAGUCCCACGGCUAUGACUUCCUGUUCGACUGGCUCGGCGAAGGAUUACUGACGUCCAAAGGUGAGCGUUGGUUUCAGCAUCGCAAGCUCAUAACGCCGACAUUCCACUUCAACAUUCUGGAUGGCUUCUGCGAUGUGUUCGCCGAGCAGGGAGCCGUUCUGGCCGAAAGGUUGGAACCGUUUGCCAACACCGGAAAACCGGUCGAUGUUUUCCCCUUCAUCACGAAAGCUGCCCUGGACAUCAUUUGCGAAACUGCCAUGGGAGUCAAAGUUAAUGCUCAAACUGGUGGAGAAAAUAAUUACGUGAAUGCUAUUUACAGGAUGAGUGAAAUAUUUGUUGACCGAUCCAUCAAACCUUGGCUACACCCCGAAUUCAUCUUCAAACGUACUGAGUAUGGCCGACAACACAAAAAAGCGCUGGAUAUAGUUCAUGGAUAUACCAAAAAGGUCAUUCGCGAUCGGAAGGAAGCUCUGCAAGUGAAGGAGAAUUCAACCGGAGCAGGCGAUACCGGAGAAGAUCUGUACUUUGGAACAAAAAAGCGACUGGCUUUCCUGGAUCUGCUUCUGGAGGGCAAUGCAAAGCACAAGCAACUUACCGACGACGACGUACGUGAAGAAGUCGACACGUUUAUGUUUGAGGGACACGAUACAACAACGGCCGGCAUGAGCUGGGCUCUGUUCCUCCUCGGGUUGCAUCCGGACUGGCAAGACCGAGUGCAUCAGGAAAUUGAUUCGAUUUUCGCUGGCUCCGACCGGCCGGCCACGAUGAAAGACCUCGGCGAGAUGAAACUGUUGGAACGGUGCUUGAAGGAAACUCUCCGGCUCUAUCCAUCCGUAUCGUUCUUCGGUCGAAAGUUAAGCGAGGACGUCACUCUUGGCCAGUACCACAUCCCGGCAGGAACGCUGAUGGGCAUUCAUGCGUACCACGUACAUCGCGACGAAAGAUUUUACCCUGAUCCAGAGAAGUUCGACCCGGAUCGUUUCCUGCCAGAGAAUACCGAGCAUCGGCAUCCGUUUGCAUACAUCCCGUUCAGCGCUGGGCCACGCAAUUGUAUCGGGCAGAAGUUUGCCAUUUUGGAGGAGAAAAGCAUCGUGUCGUCUGUUCUGCGUAAAUUCCGCGUGCGUUCGGCAAAUACACGGGACGAGCAGAAAAUUUGCCAAGAAUUGAUUACACGCCCUAACGAGGGUAUUAGGUUGUACCUGGAAAAGCGGCAGUAGUGGUAUUGUCAUUGAAAAAUCUGCAUGGAACUAGAUUGUCAAUAAGUAGUAUUAGUAACAUAUAUUAUUCAGUUGAAUAAAAUAUUUUCUUUAUUUUUGGAACAUA